AAAUUAAGAUUUUGGAAGAAAACACAUGGUAGGUCAAAUGAAUUUAUUUAUUGAAAUUUAUUAGAAAUGAAUGUAUUUAUUGUAUUAUUGCUUCUUACUUAUCACUUGAUGUGUUAUUUAUUGAAAUGAAAUUAUUUUCAAUUUUCUGGUGACAUAUUGAUUCAUUUGCAGAUGGGAGGAGCUGUACUUUCUACACCAAUGGAAUUCAGUCAACCAAUUUCCCCUUUGGUACUAGAAAAUACAACCAGUGCUAUUCUAACAACAACUGAAAUGAAAACACCCGUGACCAUAGCACCAGCUACAGAAAUGAAAACACCCGUGACCGGAUCACCAGCUACAGAAAUGAAAACACCCGUGACCACAGCACCAGCUACAGAAAUGACAACCCCCGUGACCAGAUCACCAACUGCAGAAAUGAAAACACCCGUGACCAGAACACCUGCUACAGAAAUGAAAACACUCGUAACCACAGCACCAGCUACAGAAAUGAAAACACCCGUGACCAGAUCACCAACUACAGAAUUGAAAACACCCGUGACCAGAUCACCAACUACAGAAAUGAAAACACCCGUGAGCACAUCACCACCUCCAAUCUCCAAACGAUCCGCAGUGUACAGACUUGUUGCCAGGGAUCGGGCGCUUACUGACACUCACUCAUCUCACCCGGAUGUGAGGUCCGUCAUUAGGUGCGGUCACCUUUGUUUUGAAGAUGAAUCAUGCAAGUUCUUCACGUACAUUAAACGCACGGGGAUGUGCUUGCUGGGACAAAGGUCAACCACUGAGAUACAUCAUGAGGCUGCAACGUUUACCUGCUAGCUAUCGAUUCUUUCGAUUAUUCGAGAAACCAUGCUCCCAAAAGUUUAAAGAUCUAAAGAAAUAUCUAAAGAAAACCAGUAUAUCGACCGAAAGGUCGGGUAAAAGAAAACAUUGUGAAAUUAUAAAAAGAAGUCAGAACAGACAUCUUUUUUUUACUGUAUAAAUUUGAAUUACCAAUAACCUGCAAAUUAUAAAUAUAUACAUACAUUCAGUUAAAAAAUUAAUAAUUCAUACCCCUACCAAUUUGCUUUAAGCCAUAAGCUACUAGAAUGUAAAAUCGUGAAGUGCACCACACUCUUAUCCCUGAGAUUUACCCCUGCGUAUGAUAAUAAACCUUAAAGGUACUACGUCCCAUUUGAAGGCCAAA